AUGCUCUUUGCGCGGAAAGAACUAAAUUUCGAGCGCAUGAGCGAGCGCGACCGCAAACACAUUGUGUCUGAGGUCAACAUUCUUCGUACCCUACAACACGAGAAUGUCGUGCGCUACGAGGAGCGGUAUGUCGACACGGAAAAUGGCAUUUUGUAUAUUGUCAUGGAGCUGUGCGAGGGCGGUGACCUUGGCUCUGUCAUCAAGCGAUGCAGGCGAACCAAGACACAUCUGCCCGAGGAGACGGUAUGGGCCUAUUUUGCGCAAAUGACGGCAGCUCUUGAAGCUUGUCAUUACCGGAAAGUGCCUUCCAGUGCCACUAAUGUGGGUGCGCGUGCCGUACAGGCGAUCUUGCAUCGCGAUCUCAAGCCAGAGAAUGUGUUUUUGGAUGCUGACCAGAAUGUGAAGCUGGGCGACUUUGGUUUGAGCAAACAAAUGGCUGCUCAGAGUUUUGCUAAUACGUAUGUCGGUACGCCCUAUUACAUGAGUCCCGAGCUGGCUACAGGCCAACCAUACGACAUGAAGUCGGACGUGUGGGCGCUUGGCUGUAUUGUUUACGAACUAUGCGCACUGUCGCCGCCGUUUGAUGCUGAGAAUCAGACGGAACUAACACGCAAAAUCAAACAGGGUACCGUACCUGCUCUUCCACGCACGUACUCUCGUGAUCUUCAGGAUGCUGUCCAUGCGAUGUUACAGCUGGACCAUCGUCGUCGCCCUACGACACGCCAGCUACUCCAGAUCCGCCAGAUCAAGAUGGCUUGCCGAACACAUGACAUUGCCGUGCUUCAUAAAAAGGUUUUGCUUGAGAAAGAGCGCUUGCAAGUCCAAAAGCUGGCCCUUGAUGAGCGUGAGGCAAGUCUCAGUGAGCGAGAGCAAAAACUUCUGCAAGACGAGGGUGCAUGGCAUCGCUCAUCGGCGGGCUCGUCAACACUCUCGAAGGCGCUGGAAGACCGCGCACUUGCACUGAAUCAACGCGAGCUGGAGCUCUGUCGUCGAGAAGAGGCGUGCGCUUCGCACCACCAAACCGCUCUUGAGGAAUGGGAGCAUCAAAGAGCCCUUAUGCAAGAGAAAAUCAAGUUGCUGCAGCAACAACUUGAUGAGACAAAGACGGCACUUUCACAGGCUUCUAUGUCUGACGCAGCAUCCUCCUACACGCGUCCCCGGCCUCGCAAGUCAACGGUCAUGUCAACCCCGAAAGGCGAAGAAUUUUUGCGCUCGCGAAUAGCCGAAGGAGCUCUUUCACUGCAGUCGCCACCAAGAGCCGGCCGUCAGUGUCAUGUGGCUGACGAUGAAUGGGUGGACGAUGAAGAUGAGCCACUACACCGCGCAGCAACGGCAACCGCAACAGGAACAACAACAAGAGCUCCACCUCUUAUUGGACGCUCUCGUCGUGCUGAAGCUGAUCUUUCAGACUGUUCGAUGAAAGAUGCGUCGUGUAUGUGGCGCGAAGCACUUCCAUUCCGUGGACGAGCCGAAGCCACACCUGCCAAGGCGAAGCGAACAUCACUCCCUGAGACCGUAUUGGAAGGUUCAGAUGCACCAAGCUUGCCGACGUCGCGUACAAUGCCCAUGAAUUUGAACAAUCUCCCUCAGGAGCCUCAGUGGCACCUGAUGGAAGAGGAUGAGCGGCCCUCUCCCUUCCUAAAGCGUGUAAAUCGUAUUCCUCUUGAAAACCUAAGAUCAGACGGUCUGGCUGACGACACAAAUGCAGGUAUGCGGCUGGUCCCAGGUCCUGCUAAGCCUCGAUCGGGCCCCAUCCGGACCCAAGAUGCUCAUGCCGAUCAAGAAAAUUUGUCGAGUCCCCGAGCACGAGUCCUUGCGGACCACCGCCGUCGACGCUCAUCAUUGCUUCGGCCAUCUGAAGCACGUCCCAUUUACUCGAAUAACACGUCUCGAGUUGAAGCUCUGCGUUCACGCCCUUCAGGAAUUCCGCACAGCCCCUCAGCCCGAUCGUUGCGCCCAUUUUCCGCAGCUCAACGGGCACGGUAA